UUAACCGCGCUGGUUUGUCGUGUUGAUUAACUCAUUGAAACUGACCAAACAGUGAGGUCUGGAACGCGCUCGUAUAAAGAGAGCCCGGCCGGAGGACACUGAGUUCAUACCGGGGGUUUACAGCAAUGGGUUCUUCGGUGAAAGGCAGCGGUCCCGUCACUACACACGUGCUGAACCUCGGGGACGGGGCCCCGGCUGCCAGAAUGGCCCUCAGUCUGCACCGCCUGGACCCCUGCAUGGCCAUCUGGAGCCUCGUAACUGUUGGGAACACCGACGAGGAUGGACGCUGUCCGGGACUGAUAACCGGCGAGGGCUUCGCUCCGGGAAUGUACAAGAUCCGCUUUGAGACGGGCCAGUACUGGGAGAGUUUGGGACAGUCCAGCUUUUACCCGUAUGUCGAGAUCGUCUUCUCCGUUAGCGAUGCUGAUCAGAGCUGCCACGUGCCCCUGCUGGUCAGCAGACACUCAUACAGCACCUACAGAGGGAGCUAGUGAACACGGCGAAACGCAAACACUGGAUGUUUUAUGUACAGGUCUGAUGGGAUUCUGUACAGGUUAGAUUCAAGAUGGAUAUACGAUUUAUGGAGCUUGAAAAUAAUGGCCGCCAUCCACCAGCUUUGAAGUCAUACACACCUCGGAUGGCUUGGGGGUGAGUCAAUCAUGGGGUCAUUUUGAUUUAAUUUUUGGGUGAACCAUUCCUUUAACCGUGAGAGUAAACUGUGCAUCAGUGAAACAAAUGACUUUUGAGCCUUUCGCUGCUGCAAGGUUUCGCGCCGCGCUUUUGUAGUCUUUGUAGCAUCCAUAAAUGAGACGGUCCACAUGUCAUUUGAAUAAGCUUCACCUUGUUGUCCUGGGUAAUUUGAAAUUGUACUGACCAAUGAGCAUUGACGAAUCAUGUAACGUGCCCAUUCUGAAAUGCAAUGCAUGGAUUUGUAAUUAAA